UUUCCCUCUCUCUCCGCCUGUGGCAUUGAAAAAGAUCACAGGGUGUGAGUGUGAGUGACGCUACGUUCGCUCUGCUCCUUCCUCUUUACGUGACCCCUAGAGAGAAAAACCAAAGCAAGAGAGAGAGAGAGCUCCGGUCAGUCGGCGGCGACAAACGAGAAUGGCCGCGGGAUGGGAGGGGACGGUGGUGGCUGCUCUUCUUUCGGGGAUCCUGAUGGCGGCACUGGCCUCGCCGGCCGGGGCUCAGGUGCACCACGUUGUCGGAGGCGACGUCGGAUGGGACCCCUCCUCCGACAUUGCGUCGUGGGCCGCCGGCAGGAUCUUCAGUGUCGGCGACAAAAUCUGGUUCGCCUACUCCGCAGCGCAGGAGAGCAUAGUGGAGCUGAGGAGCAAGGAGGAGUACGAGUCGUGCGAUGUAGCUAACCCUAUCAGGAUGUACAAGGACGGCAUAGAUGCGGUCCUCCUCGAGGAAGAAGGGAUCAGGUACUUUGCCAGCAGCAGGGCGGAGAACUGCAAGAGUGGGCUGAGGCUCCCUGUGGCGGUGCAUCCACCGGGGAAGCACCAGCAGCCAGUGACAAUGCAGAUCGCCGCGUCCGAGCUCAGAACAUUGGCAGGUGCUGCCGAGCCGACCUCGCCAUCCGGUUCCCACCAGCCAAGUGGACCGUCGACUCUGUUGCUCUCCUCCUUAUUCCUUGGAAUUGGGCUUUGGUAUUGGGCACUUUAGAGAAAGAGAUAUAUUCCAAGCCCAAUUACUAUAUAUUCCUCUCUCUAAAUGUGUGUACGUAUUGUCUCAAUUCCCGGUAUGUAGGUAAUUUAUUUUAUGUCUUUGGGAGACCCGGAAAACGAAGAAUUUUGUUUUAGCAUUGGAACUUCGAGGUGUGCUAAGUUCAUUUUUGUUCCGUAUUAUGUUUGUAUUUUUUAUAUUUAUUUUUUUCUGAGUGUUCCGUAUUAUGUAUUAGUAUUCAAUGGCAAUUCCUCUCAGUUCACUUGUUUAUUAAAAUUUCA